UAAAUUAACCGGGGAACCAAUCCUACGUCGUUUCUUCAAGCCCAAGCCCUCGAAGAUUAAACCCUCCACCCAAAACCCUCGCGAUUUUUGAGAGUUCGAAGGUCACGUUCAUUCCAGCCUGCAGAUUCACAAAGCUCAAGAGACCCAGAAAUGGCUGCACCCUCCUCGUUUCGCCUCCUCAAGCGCGCAUUUUCCACCUCCCUGGAAGCCGGCGACUCGGUCACCAGCCUCAAGUCGGCCCACGAUUUCCUCUACAAGGAGCGCAGCCUGAAGCGCCUCGUCGCACAGUUCAAGAAGUCGUCCGCUUUUGACCACUUCCGCACCAAGAUCGGCACGUACCAGUACGCCGUCCGCCGCCUCGCCUCGGCCAGGCGCUUCGACCUGAUCGAGGAGAUCCUCGAGGAGCAGAAGAAGUACAGGGACAUCUCCAAGGAAGGGUUCGCGGUCCGGAUCAUCAGCUUGUACGGUAAGUCGGGCAUGUUCGAGAAUGCCCAGAAGCUGUUCGACGAAAUGCCUGAGUUGAGCUGUGAACGCACGGUGUUGUCUUUGAAUGCCCUCUUGGGCGCUUGUGUUAAUUCCAAGAAGUUUGAUAAGAUGGAGGAGCUGUUCCGCGAGUUGCCAGGGAAGUUGUCCAUCGAUUCCGACUCUGUAUCUUAUAAUAUUGCUAUUAAGGGGUAUUGCGCGAAGGGUUCUUUGGAUUCUGCGAUCUCGAUGCUUGAUGAGAUGGAGAAGAAGGGCUUGGAGCCAGAUUUGGUCACGUUCAAUACUCUUCUGUCCGGGCUUUAUCUGGGUAACAGAACUGCUGACGGGGACAAAAUUUGGGCCAGGAUGCAGGAGAAGAAUAUUGUUCCUGAUGUCAGGAGUUACAAUGCAAAGUUAUUUGGAUUGGUUUCACAGAAGAAAAUGAAGGAAGCUGUUGAGACGGUUGAGGAAAUGAGGAUGAAAGGAACCAACCCGGACAUUUUUAGCUUCAAUGCUUUGAUCAAGGGUUUUGCCAAGAGUGGUAAUCUGAAUGAUGCUAAACUGUGGUAUAGUGAAAUAGGAAAGAGUAAUUUCGACCCAGAUAAGACGACAUAUGGGACCCUAAUUCCGCUUGCUUGCCAGAAGGGAGAUGUUGACUUUGCAUACGAGCUGUGCGAAGAGAUUUUCAAUAUUCGUUGCCUCGUUGAUGGGGCAGUAUUGCAGCUUGUUGUUGAUAGGUUGGUGGAGGAGUCAAGGAUUGAGGAAGUGGAGAAGCUUGUGCAGCUUGGGAAGGUAAAUAAGUACCGCCGAUAUAGCUUGCAACUACCAGCCAGCAAGUAAACAUAGCUGUUAUUUGUUACUGUGAUAUCAAGGUUAUAGGCAGUCGGCCAAGAUAGUGUUUCCUAGCUGCUUAGUUGGCAACGAUUUUUCCUAAUGGUUGCUAUUUAAUUCCAAUGCAAUCUUUGAAGUAUUUUUGCUGUUACUUUACAAUUUUGAGUUGCGUAUCUGCUAAAUGUGGUUGAGUCUACAUAUGUACAUACAUAAGUAUUGUCUAUGUCAUUACUUGUAAGAUCUAAUCUGAUGAUUUAGUUCGUGGACUC